UGUCCCUUUAAGAAAAAGAAACAGCGGAAGUUGUUAUUAUGUCACCGGAUGUGUGAGCGACACUGCAACGAAACCAUGGCGCGAGAGUCACGGCACUACAGGAAGCGCUCGAGCUCGAAGGGCCGGUCAGGCAGCAGGUCACCGGACUCCAAGCGCGGUCAGAAGGAGGAGGCUGCUGGAUCCCGUGUGCGCGAGCGCAGCCGCAGAGAGAGGACACGCAGCCGAGAGCGCCACAGAGACCACAAGAGAGCGAGGCGCUCCAGGAGUCGGGACAGGAGACGCUCCCGCAGCCGAGAGCACCGGAGCCGAGGGAGGAGCAAGGAGAAGUCUGAGAACACCGAGCCGUCCGCUGACAAGAAGAAGAUGAAGGAGGAGAAGAAGGAGAAGGAGAAGGAGAAGGAGGAGGAGAAGCCUGAAGAUCAGGACUUCGACCAGAACACUCUGGAGGAGGAGAUGAGGAAGAGGAAGGAGCGCGUGGAGAAGUGGAGGGAGGAGCAGAGGAAGAAAGCCAUUGUGAACAUCGGAGAACUGAGGAAGGAGCUGGAGGAGAUGAAGCAGGGCAAGAAGUGGAGUCUGGAGGACGAUGACGAUGAUGAAGAAGCACCUGCCGAGCCGGACGAAGAGGAAGAGGAAGAGGAGGCAGAGAAAGAGAAAGAGAAAGAGGAAGUGGCUGUGAUGGAGGAGGAGACACAGAUGGAGCAGGAGGCUGAAGAGGAGCUGGACCCGCUGGACGCUUACAUGGAGGAGGUCAAGGAGGAGGUCAAGAAGUUCAACAUGGGCACCAUGAGAGGAGGAACCGACAAGCAGAAAGGCAGUGUGUCCAAAGUGGUGACCGUGAUGAAGACCAAUAAGAUGUUGCACACCACCAAGAAGAAAGGAGAGCUGAUGGAGAACGACCAGGACGCCAUGGAGUAUUCAUCAGAGGAAGAGGAAGUGGACUUGCAGACGGCCCUCACAGGCUUCCAGACCAAACAGAGGAAAGUUCUGGAGCCGGUUGAUCAUCAGAAGAUCGAGUACGAAUCCUUCCGUAAGAACUUCUACGUGGAGGUGCCAGAGCUGGCCAGGAUGAGUCCUGAAGAGGUGAACGAGUACCGUCUGGAGCUGGAGGGGAUCAACGUUAAAGGCAAGGGCUGUCCGAAGCCCAUCAAGACCUGGGUGCAGUGUGGGAUCUCCAUGAAAGUGCUGCACGCGAUGAAGAAACACAACUAUGAGAAGCCCACCCCGAUCCAGGCCCAGGCCAUCCCUGCCAUCAUGUCUGGACGAGACCUCAUCGGCAUCGCUAAAACAGGAAGUGGGAAGACCAUCGCCUUCCUGCUGCCCAUGUUUCGGCACAUCAUGGACCAGUCUCCUCUGGGAGAGGGAGAAGGACCCAUCGCUGUGAUCCUGACACCGACGCGAGAGCUAGCGCUGCAGAUCACCAAAGAGUGCAAGAAGUUCUCCAAGUCUCUGGGUCUGCGUGUGGUGUGUGUGUACGGCGGCACGGGCAUCAGCGAGCAGAUCGCAGAGCUGAAGCGCGGCGCAGAGAUCAUCGUGUGCACACCGGGACGCAUGAUCGACAUGCUCGGAGCCAACAACGGUCGCGUGACCAAUCUGCGCAGGGUCACGUAUGUGGUGAUGGACGAGGCUGACCGCAUGUUCGACAUGGGCUUCGAGCCGCAGGUGAUGCGUAUCGUGGAUAACGUGCGUCCCGACCGGCAGACCGUCAUGUUCUCGGCCACGUUCCCUCGCUCGAUGGAGUCUCUGGCGCGCAGGAUCCUGUCCAGACCCAUCGAGGUGCAGGUGGGCGGCAGGAGCGUGGUGUGCUCAGACGUGGAGCAGCACGUGAUCGUGAUCGAGGAGGAGAAGAAGUUCCUGAAGCUGCUGGAGAUUCUGGGUCACUAUCAGGAGAAGGGCUCCAUCAUCAUCUUCAUGGACAAGCAGGAGCACGCUGACGGACUCCUCAAAGACCUGAUGAAGGCCUCGUACCCCUGCAUGUCUCUCCACGGAGGCAUCGAUCAGUACGACAGGGACAGCAUCAUCAAUGACUUCAAGAACGGCGCGUGUCGUCUGCUGGUGGCCACGUCUGUGGCGGCGCGAGGUCUGGACGUCAAGCAGCUCAUCCUGGUCAUCAACUACAGCUGUCCCAACCACUACGAGGACUACGUGCACCGCGCCGGACGCACGGGACGAGCCGGGAACAAGGGUUAUGCGUACACCUUCAUCACUGAGCAACAGUCUCGUUACUCCGGAGAGAUCAUCAAAGCGCUGGAGCUGUCCGGGUCGCCCGUCCCGCCGGAGCUCGAGCUGCUCUGGACCAACUUCAAAGAGCAUCAGAAAGCUGAGGGGAAGAGCAUCAAGAGCAGCAGUGGAUUCUCUGGGAAGGGUUUUAAGUUUGACGAGACGGAGCAUGCGCUGGCUAACGAGAGGAAGAAGCUGCAGAAGGCUGCGUUAGGUCUGCACGACUCUGACGACGAGGACGCAGCUCUGGACAUCGACGAGCAGAUCGAGAGCAUGUUUAACUCCAAGAAGCGUGUGAAGGAUCUGUCUGCUCCGGGCGCUGCGGGGGCCGCUGGGGGGGGGGUGAGCGGAUCCGUGUCCGGUGUGUCCGGUCAGAGCACUCCAUCCGCCGGAAACAUCCAGAAACUGGAGAUCGCCAAGAAACUGGCCCUCAAGAUCCAGGCGCAGAAGAACCUCGGCGCCGAGGCUCAGGAUGUGAUGCAGCAGGCCACAAACACCUUCCUGCGCGGCGGGAAGAUGAUCGCUCCCACCGUCUCAGCCAAGACCAUCGCAGAGCAGCAGGCGGAGAAGAUCAACGCCAAACUGAACUACACACCAGUGGAGAAGCUGGAGGAGGAGCGGCAGGCCGCCGAGGCCACGGACACCGUCAAGAGAUACGAGGAGGAGCUGGAGAUCAACGACUUCCCUCAGACGGCGCGGUGGAAGGUGACGUCUAAAGAGGCUCUUCAGCGCAUCGGAGAGUAUUCGGAGGCGGCCAUCACUAUCAGAGGAACAUAUUUCCCACCGGGCAAAGAGCCCAAAGAGGGAGAGCGCAAGAUCUACCUGGCCAUCGAGAGUGCGAACGAGAUGGCCGUGCAGAAGAGCAAAGCAGAAAUCACCCGGCUGAUCAAAGAGGAGCUGAUCCGUCUGCAAAACUCCUACCAGCCCACCAACAAGAGCAGAUACAAGGUCCUGUAGCGGACGCAGGACAGCUUCAUUACUCCCACAAUGCUUUGUGUUAUGUGAUCACACACCACAUUCAGUGAUCUGGAUGCUUUUACCUUAUGAUUUCUUCUCAAUAUUUUAGAAAGUUCCAUGUAAUUGUACAGUGAACUUUGUUUGGAAAUAAAGAGUUUUUUCCUCCAUCCGUA